UUGUUUCAUCCUUCAGAUGCACCAUUAAAAUCUGUUCAGAGAGACUUUCCUAAGGAGAUCUACCCCGUGUUAAAACACUUCUGCCCGGUGAAUGUUUCUUGGCUCAGUCCUAUUUCCACAUGCAAAUCAUCAUGUCUUCUUGUGUAAAAAUAUUAAGGACACGUAGAGAUAUGUACGGUUUACCCAGGGAUGUUCUACUGAUACCCGUGUGUUCCUCAUCGGUUAUCCAGUCCGUGCUGGGGCUGUCCAGUGGGGUAAUUGUCAGCUUGGGAGAAACAAGACAUUACAGAAUUUUUCUUUAUUUUAGACUGGGGGUUUAUGAGUCAUGUUCUGAACUUGGAGGUACUGCUUGGUGCCCAGUUUUGAUAAUUUCUCUAGCAGUAGAUGUAGAGAUGAGUCCUUUCCUCCUUCCUAAUGUUAGAAAUCUUGAAGUUUUCUUUUCAAUUCCUGAAGUUUGCUAUCAAGAGAACAUAUAAAAAAGAGUACAUAUAAAAUAGUCUCAUUUUCUUCAUGUUUGGGUUAUUGCCCUUGUUGAUAUAAGGCAUAUUUCAACUUCUGGACAUUUAAUUAUUCUGUGUUCACCUCUGGGUUUCCUAGCAUAUCAGUGGAGAGCAUAUUUUGGCCUGACUCUCAAAGAACCAUUCUUUUCACUACUGAAUUGAUCAUUGUCUCAUAAAUUUUGUUGGGAAAUUGUUUAAAUAUAAAGUAUGGUUUUCCUGCUUUUCAGACCCCUUUUAAAUUGAGCUGUUCAUACGUAUUUUUAAAUUUAGAAUAGUUAGAUAGUAAAGGGAAUGUUUUAGCAUAAUCUAAAGUAUGCUUAGUUUAAAUAUUACCAUGAAGUUUCUGAUGUAGCUGUAUUUAUGGUUAGUGACCAACCAAACUAUUUUUGAAAAAAUGCAAUUUACAGUUUAUCCAUCGUAAGUUAACCUUAUCCCAAAUAAAUAGAUACAGAAACAAGCAAAGUGUGACCAUGGAGAAACUCACGCUAGUGUGAAGGUAGCUUCCUACCAUUUGUCUUACUAACCUUGGAUUCUAUGAGUAACUUUGGCACAGAGAGUGAUAAAGGCUCUUUCAUUCUGUAGAACAUCCUUUUAAGAUGGUUAUCUGUAUUAAGACUAGCAAGCCGUGACUCUUACACGGUGGUUCCCAUCCUUGGCACUUGAUGAUAAAGAGUACUGAGGAAGCAAAUCCAGAGCUUACUGCAGGAAAUGGCCAAUAGUAAAGUGAAUAUAUUGCCCUAUGAUUAAAUAACAAAUGAAGGUGGGAGUGAUUCCAGUAACUUUUGUUUACAGGUAUGUAUGCAAUCAUAUAAUCGAAAAAGUGUCUGUAGGCUUUACCUAAGCCCUUUGUGUUACAAUCUCAGUUUAGGGAAACUUGUUUCCUGCAGUACAGACCUUUUGCUGUUGACAUUAUGACGACUUUACUUUUUAUAGUAUAUGCGAAAGGCAAACAUGUCUUUCAUACUAAACCUGUUGGUAUACUUAAUUGUUGCUCGGUGUCUGUGAUGUUUGGUUUUUCAGUGAAUAUUUAUCUGUAAUAUGGCACAAAAGUGCCAGGUACAGCCAACUUUCUGAGAAAACCUGCUUCCAGCACGCUGCUGUGUGUAGUCCAUCAUCACAGAUAAACAGCCCAAUGCAGGACGCCCUUCAAACUUGGCUGCAAAAAAAGUGAUCAUCUUUGAAUUUCUGAGAUGCUGCUGUGAAAAUAGGAGUGAAGUAACUUCUUUAACACAAGGGCAUUAGGAAAUUGCAAAGCUGCAAGAAUUUCUAGUCUUUGCAACUCCAAAAAUAAGGAAAGGAACAAAAGUGAAGACUUUUGACUAGAACCUGACCCAAAUGUAAAUGACUUUGUGACUUUCAAAUGUGCCUAAGAAUAUUUUGUACUUUCUUGCGUUAAGCAAAAAAAUGCAUAUAUUCCGCAGACAUUUUCUCUUGAAGUUCAGCUACAUGGAUUAACUAAAAACAAUCUGACACGGGACUGGAGUGGCACUACGCCGAUGGACGUCACCGAGCGCAGUGUGGCAGCGUUGGGCUGUUGCUGCCGGAGCCGCUGACCUGUCCCCGCGCUGGCUGGCUGCCCGCACGCAGCUCGCGGCGCUGGGAGCGGUGCCUGCGCUCGGUGCCACCUGCCCGCGGCUCCCGGACGGCUCUGGUAACACGAAACCAGUCCUGCUGGGUGUUGUUCGUGGCCCUGCAGGCUGAAGUCUGCAUUUCAAAUGAGACCUGCCGCACAGCGGGAGGGAGUCUCUCCUUUUCCUUCCUUGCUCGGUUUCGAGGUGCUCGCUCGGGCCAGCCGAGACCCGAGAGCACCGCACAGCAUUUGCAGUGGAAACUUCAGAAUUCGCACCUCGGGUUUUCACUUGGCAGUCUUUCCGGGAUGAUGACUUUACCUCGGAAGAGCCUUAUCCACGCGGAAGGCCCGUGCAGAGGAGCGCUCGCGGAGCUCCCCGCCGCAGGUUCCCAGCCCGCGUCCUGCUACGAGGAAGUAGCGCACCGCCACUGCGCGCUGCCCCGGCUGGGAACCGCGUUUAUAUAGCCGCUCUGCGAGUAGGAAGUCGGGCAGCCAGUAGGAUUGCGGGAGAGGGAGCAGCGCCACUAGUUGCGCUUCCAGCCGGGAUCGGCGCGCCGGCACACCCGCUGUGACAAAAAGCCCUUUGUGCGAGGGACCGAGUGCCGGAGAGCUUGCCGCGUCCUUCGCUUUUCCCCACCGGAGCUCGGGCAGCCGAUGGGCGGCGGCGCGAGGAGCAGGAAGCAGCGGGAGCGCGGCCCGGCCGUUGCCUUUCCUCCCCGGGCCCGGCCCGCCGCCGCGCAGCGCUGCGUGCGGUGAGCGCCGGUCCCCGGCGCCCGCGCGGAGUUGGAGCCGCGCCCCGCACCCAGCAUGGAAGGAGGAAACGCGGAGUGCAGCCGGCAGCUUCCCGAGCGGGCGGGUCCCGCGGAGAGUGAGCCGGACGUCUUCACCACUUUUGCGGUCGGAGCACUUUUUGGACUUACAGCCAAGUUGGAAUCGGUAACUCCCAAAGAAGAAGCAGCAGUGCUUAAAGCGUUUCAACCUUUGCACACCAAUGUCAACACUCAGGCUAACAGUCGGUAUGAGAGGAAUGAUAAUGACGGUGUUGACGAUUCAGAAAACCAGCACGACGCGGGCUGCACCAGUGACCAGGCUGACCCGAUGUCUGGCAGCCGUGCUGAACUGGAGCCGGAGCCGGCAGGACAGAAUGAAAUACUUCUUCCCCAUUUAAGGUCUGUACAGACUUCUUUGUCUGAAUCUGACAACGAUGCUAUUCUCGUACAAGGUACUUUGGUUCACACAACAAGUGACACGGAAUCAGAUGGUGAGAGUAAGGACCCAGAUGCUGAUGAAACAAGCACAAGCAAAUGUGGGCUAAACAAUGCUGCAUUGUCUGCUGUGGCUUUGGACGGUAACAAUCAAAGUAAGGAAGAGUCAGACUCAGAAGGGCACAGACACAGCGAUGACACUGUGGGUAGAGAUGACACUGAGUUAUACCCACCAAUUUCUCAGUGGCUUCCCAGAGAGCUGGACAGCGUUCUGGAGUGUGACUCCGGUGGCAAAGACAGAACGUUAAUGGAUGAGCAGUUCAGUUCCUUGCUUGCUACAGGGGAAUGCCCUCCAGAAAUUCCAGGUGAGGAUCAAAGACCUUCAGUUGAUAAUGCAUCUCUCCAUAAAGCAGCACUGGCUGAAAAAAGUUUCCAGCUGCCUGCUUUCUUUAGUGGCCUACGUGUGAGGAAAAAGGGACUAAACACAGAGGAUGGGGAAACUAUUACAGAAAUUAAACCAAGGGAGAAUGAUUUAGCUCUGCUUAAAUUACGACAGCCUGUUAAGAAAUCCAACAUUACAUCAGGUUUGACCUCAAAAAAAAAAUCAUCUGAACCUAAAGCAAGCCCUACUUUUCUGGAGCAGCUCUCUCAACUGUUGAACAUAGACGUCUCCAAGAAUGACGAGAGAACCCAAGAUUCUGGUGCAGAGUUUGGGGAGACUGAGGACAGCGAUGAAGGCCCAGAGAACAAAGCCUCUGGCAAAACAGAGCCACUGUUUCCCUCUGAGGAAAUAAAAUCAAGCCCUGCCGAAUCUGCACUGGAAGUCUUUAAAGCUUUAUUCACACGACCUCCCAAAAAAGAGACAACUGCAGAUCCUUCAGAGCUGGAAGCCAUCAAGCGCAAAAUGAGAAACGAGAAAGAGUCCUUGAAAGCUGUAUUUGAAAGGUCAAAAUCUAAACCUGGUGAUGGACCAUCAGACAAAUCUCCUGAUCUGAGUCCCUCAGAGCAAGAUGACAAGACUCCAGGGAGACUCCAGACUGUCUGGCCACCACCGAAAGCAAAUCAUGAAGAAGUAAAAGUAGGAUUAAAGUACACAGAAGCAGAGUACCAAGCUGCCAUUUUGCAUUUAAAGAGGGAACACAAAGAAGAAAUUGAAACAUUAAAGUCUCAGUUUGAACUCAGGGUAUUCCAUAUUCGUGGAGAACAUGCUUUAUCAACUGCUCAGCUUGAGGAAACCAUUGCACAUCUGAAGAAUGAACUUGAUAAUAAAUUGAACAGAAGGAAUGAAGAAGCAAGGGAUAUUGGUGUUUCUACUGAAGAUGAUAAUCCACCAAAGACAUACCGAAAUGUAUGUAUACAGACUGACAGAGAAACUUUUAUAAAGCCUAGUGAAGAAGAAAACAGAGCUGUGAAAAUCAACCAAAUAGUACCGAAAAAGCUUAAUAUUUCUUCUUUGACACAUAGUAUUUCUACCCAAGGUGAAAAUAAGGACAGUUAUGAUGUACCGUCUUCAGAAAGUGUCUUGUCUUGUCAACCAAAACAAAUGCUGCCUCCUCCACCACCUCCACCACCACCUCCACCACCUCCACCACUUCCACCACCUCCUCCCUUCACUGAUUCUUCACUACAAGGUUUAGUUCCUCCACCACCACCUUUGCCAAUGGGUCCAUCUUCAGUGACACCACACUUUGCAUCUGGGCCUUCACUGCCACCUCAACUUUCUGAAGGCUGUAGGGAUUUUCAAGCACCAGCACCACCAGCACCACCACCACUUCCAGGGUUGGGACCUCCUGUUCCUCCUCCAUUGCCUGGAUCCGGGUUACCUCCACCUCCCCCACCCCCAGGACUUGGGCUCUUUUUUAAUAGCACUUUAUCUUCAAGUCAAGGUCCUCGGAAACCUGCCAUUGAACCUAGUCGUCCCAUGAAGCCUUUGUAUUGGACACGGAUACAAUUGCAAGGCAGCAGGAAAACUGCCAUACCAACAUUAUGGGAAUCACUAGAAGAACCUGAUAUACUUGAUACUACUGAGUUUGAAUAUUUGUUUUCCAAAGACACCACUCAGGAAAAAAGAAAACCGUUAUCAGAGACUUAUGAAAAAAAAACCAAGGCCAAAAAGAUUAUCAAAUUGUUGGAUGGAAAACGAUCACAAACUGUGGGAAUUUUAAUAUCCAGUUUGCACCUGGAGAUGAAGGAUAUUCAACAAGCUAUUCUGUGUGUUGAUGACUCCGUAGUAGAUUUGGAAACACUGGAAGCGCUAUAUGAAAAUAGAGCACAAAAGGAUGAACUGGAAAAAAUCGAGCAAUAUUAUCAGACUUCAAAAGAGGAGGAACUGAAGCUUCUGGAUAAACCAGAACAAUUUUUAUACGAAUUAUCUCAGAUCCCCAAUUUCACAGAACGAGCUCAAUGUAUUAUUUUCCAAUCAGUUUUCUCUGAAGGGAUAACAUCAGUUCACAGGAAAAUUGAUAUCAUAACUCGUGUUUCCAAGGCUUUGCUGAACAUGACGAGCGUAAAGGAGAUUUUAGGUUUGAUUCUGGCGUUUGGAAACUACAUGAAUGGUGGGAAUAGGACUCGAGGUCAAGCUGAUGGAUUUGGUUUGGAAAUACUCCCUAAACUAAAAGAUGUCAAAAGCAGAGAUAAUCGUAUUAAUCUUGUGGAUUAUGUUGUCAUAUAUUACCUACGCCACUGUGAUAAGGAAGCAGGAACAGACAAGAGUAUUUUUCCUUUACCAGAACCACAGGAUUUUUUCCAGGCCUCCCAAGUUAAGUUUGAAGACCUAAUAAAAGACUUAAGGAAGCUGAAGAAAGACCUAGAAGCUUCCGAAAAGCAGAUGAAGUUAGUUUGCAGAGAAUCUUCAGAAGAGCAUCUCCAGCCCUUCAAGGAGAAAUUAGAAGAAUUCUUCCAGAAAGCUAAAGAAGAACGUAAAAAAGAAGAGAGCAGUUUGGAAAAUGCACAAAAAUGCUUUGAAGAAACAGUGGGAUACUUUGGGAUAAAGCCAAAGCCUGGUGAGAAGGAGAUCACACCAAACUAUGUUUUCACGGUGUGGUACGAAUUCUGCAGUGACUUCAAGACCAUUUGGAAACGAGAGAGCAAAAGCAUUUCCAAGGAGCGAAUUAAAGUGGCUCAGCAAUCAGUAAGCAAGUUAACUGCAGAGAAGAAAGUUGAAACAAAGAAAAUCAAUCCUACAGCUAGCCUGAAAGAGAGACUACGUCAAAAAGAAGCCAAUGUGAAUGCCAACUGAAAGAAGAAAGAUGAAAAUAAAAGUGUGUCGUAAUACCUUU